UAGGAUUCUGAUAUGAAGAAUUAUGAUGACACCAUAUCUUUUCUGGGUCAGUGGGGCAGCUUUCAGCAGACUGUCUUCUUCCUGCUCUGUGCCAGCAUCUUGCCCAAUGGAUUUGGAACUUUGUCUCUUGUCUUCUUGACUGCUACUCCCAGUCACCACUGUCUGGUUCCUGAGGUUAACCUGUCCCAAGAUUGGCGCAAUGCUAUCAUCCCGAUAGAGGUGGUGAAUGGGAAACAGGAGCUGAGCAGAUGCAGCAGGUACAGGCUGGAUGUGGUCCAAAAUCUCUCUGCUCAGGGAUUCAUUCCUGGCAGGGACGUCAACCUCACUGACCUGGAGCAGGAGGGCUGUGUGGAUGGGUGGAGCUACAGCAGAGACAUCUACCAAUCCACAAUUGUCUCUGAGUUUGACCUGGUGUGCAGGGAUCAGUGGAAGGGGCCACUCACCUCCACAAUUGUCUUUCUGGGAUUUCUAUGUGGAUCCUUCGUCUCAGGACAGCUCUCAGACAGGUUUGGAAGAAAGCCUGUUCUCUUUGCCACCAUGACCAUUCAGACAAUUUUUACCUUUGCUGAAAUCUUUUCACCUUCUUGGACGGUCUUCUCCAUCCUCAUCUUCAUCAGUGCUGUCGGACAGGUCUCCAACUAUAUAUCUGCUUUUGUGCUGGGCAGUGAGAUCUUGACUAGAAAUGUUCGUGUCCUGUUCUCAUCUAUUGGUGUGUGUGUGGCCUUUGCCUUUGGCUACAUGGUGCUUCCACCCAUUGCCUACUUUUUAAGGGACUGGAAAUCCCUCCUGCUGGGGUCCACUCUGAUUUGCCUGAUCUACGUCCCCCUCUGGUGGUUCAUCCCAGAGUCUCCUCGAUGGUUGCUCUCUCAGGGAAGAGUGGAGGAGGCCGAGGCCAUAGUGAGAAAGGCUGCUAAGAAGAACAAAGUUGAGGCUCCACUGGUGAUCUUUGAAGAUUGCAUUACAUGUGCUGAUGAGACAGAGAUGCACUCCAAGGAACAACACAAUAUCUUCGACCUGCUGAGGACAAAAAACAUCAGGAACAUAACUCUUAUUCUGUGCCUUAUAUGGAGCACUUUGAAUACUGGAUACUACGGCCUGUCCCUGAACACGGCUGAGCUUCAUGCUAACCCCUACAUAAGCAGUUUCCUCUCAGCAGCUGUGGAGGUACCAGCAUACAUUUUCUGCUGGGUGGUAGUGCGAUACUUUCCACGACGACUGUCUGUCACCUGUCUCUUGCUGCUCGGAGGAGUGUCACUGUUCUUAAUUCAACUGGUACCCCAAAGUUUAUCAGAUCUGGCUGUUGCUCUGGAAAUGGUGGGUAAAUUUGGUAUGUCCACCGGUGCAGCCCUGAUCUAUAUCUACACAGCAGAGAUUUACCCAACAGUGCUGAGGAACACUGCGACAGGGACAUGCUCUUCUGUUUGCAGAGUGGUUAUCUGCAUUAUGCCUUUUAUAUUAAAGCUGAGUGUAUACUUUAAGUACCUGCCUUAUAUAAUCCUGGGGACUCUGUCGGUUGUGUCUGCCUUCGCUGCUCUCUUCCUGCCAGAGAGUUUUGGACGACCUCUACCUCAAACUAUUCAAGAGAUGCAUAAGAGAGAACGUUGGGUUCCUAAAGGAAUAUAAAGCCCCUAUGUGUGGAUUUGACUUUGGCAACUCUAAAAGCAUGAAGAGUCCAUUCAUCACAAGAAUCAAAAGAUAUGGUGCUUUUCGAAAGUCAGCUCUUUACAUGAGUUACUAAGUAUACGAUUCCUUCUAUUUACCAUUUUUAUGAUCAAACAUUUCCAUCCCAUAAGUUCAGUCAGAACAAGUGGAUUCAGUGGCAUUAUAUGACAUUUCACUGCACUCUAUGCAGUCCACUUCAAUGGCAGUUAUGAAAUUAGUUGAAGACAUAUCCACUGCAAUGGACAAUAGAGAGCAUACAAUAGGGAUUUUCAUAGAUUUGAAGAAGGCAUUCGAUACAAUAGAUCAUAAUAUAUUGCUACAUAAACUUGAAAGAUAUGGGUUCAGAGGAAUUGCACACACUUGGCUAAAAAUUAUCUGGACAACAGAUACCAAUAUAUGCAAAUAAGUGAUGUGAGGUCCAAUAUGCUUAAAAUAACUUGUGGGGUGCCGCAGGGUUCAAUAUUGGGGCCCAAGUUGUUCAUUCUAUAUAUUAAUGACAUUUGUAGUGUGACUAAAGAGUUCAAUUAUGUAUUAUUUGCUGAUGAUACAACCUUAUAUUGCUCAGGGGAAAACUUAGAAUUAUUUCUCAGCAAGGCAGAAAAAGGGCUACAGAGAUUAAAAAAAUGGUUUGACCUUAAUAAGCUUUCCUUGAACAUAGAUAAAACUAAAUAUAUUGUCUUCUCCAAAUGGCAAAAUUAAAAUUCAAUUGAAACUGGUAAUUAAUGAUAUUGAAUUAGAAAGAGGUUAUGAAAAUAGGUUUCUUGGUGUGAUUAUUGAUUAAACUCACCUGGAAAUUACACAUAAGCAAUGUUAAAAACAAAAUAUCUAAAACAAUAGCAAUACUAGAUACAAAUAUAUAUUACAUAAACAUACUCUAUACAUAUUGUAUUGUGCUCUUUUUCUGCCUUACAUAUUAUAUUGUGUUGAAGUAUGGGGCAAUACGUAUAUAAACAAUAUAAAACCCAUAUUUAUGUUACAGAAAAAAGCUAUUAGAAUAAUCAGUCAUGCUGUAUAUAAAGACUCAACAAAUCCACUAUUAAAUUGCAAAUACUAAAAUUUUAUGAUUUAGUUGAAUUGAACACAAUAAAGUUUAUAUAUAAAGUUAAAAAUAACCUUGUUCCAAACACUAUACAGACUCUUUUUGAAAGUAGAGAUAGACACUAUGAGCUCAGAGGAACUGAGAUGUUUAGAAAACCAACAGUCAGAACAAACACUAAAAUAAACUGUAUUUCUUUGAAAGGAGCACAUCUGUGGAAUAGUUCCACUGAUGAAUUAAAACUUAGCACUUCUUUAUUACAAUUAAAAACAUUAUAUCAAAAGUCAGCAAUUCAAAGAUACAUGACAGAGAUCUGAUUUGGCUUAAUUUUUUGUUUGUUUGUUUUUUUGAGUAUGUGUGCGUAUGUGUAAAGAGGGUGGGCUAAAUAAGCUUCAGCUUCAGCCUACACCUUUUCGGUCAAUAUGUACAUAUUAGUGUGAACGAAUUAUGUAUAUUUCGAGAUGUAAGACCGGAAUAAAUUAAUUCAUUCAUUCAUUCUAUGCAUGUUAUCUCAAAUCAUAAAGAUGUCUACAAAUAUUUAUGAAAAACUGAAGUGUGAAACGUGCAAGUGUUCGAUGUGAAGUUAAACAUACACAAGUAAAACUGUAGACUACUGGCUCUGUUAUUUUAGGAAACUAUUUUAUCUUUUACAGUAAACAGCAGUAUUAUGUCAUGGUAUUAGUCACAUUGGCACUGAACAUGUAUAAUGCUUAGUUAAUUUAAGGCACACCUAUCAUCUGAAUAACUGUCAGGUUUCGUGGUUCUAUUAAAGUCACAUACUUUCACAAA